AUGUUAGCUUGGUAUACAAAGAAAGGUCUACUUCACAACAGGGGAGUGCUUGCGAUUAUAAUAGUUUCUUUGCCUGUAGUGUUUCUCAUACGGAUAGCCCUUUCGCGUUGCUUUCUAAGAAGGCAAAGAAGAGGAAGAGCAAGAAAAAGCAAAAAUAUCUUUAGCUUUACCUCAUUCAAAGACUCUUUAGGUGAAAAAGAGAUUGAUGAGAGCAGAAGAAAUGGAGAUUUACCCUACUUUGAUUUGGGCACCAUAGCCGCUGCCACUAAUAAUUUCUCUUCUGAUAAUAAAAUUGGGCAAGGUGGCUUUGGCCCUGUCUACGAAGGUGUGCUCUUAAAUGGAAAAGAAAUAGUAGUGAAAAGACUAUCAAAUUCCUCAAGUCAGGGACUACAAGAGUUUAAGAAUGAAAUUGUGCUAAUUGCAAAACUUCAGCAUAGGAAUCUCGUAAGGAUACUAGGAUGUUGCGUUGAGGGUGAAGAGAAGAUGUUAAUCUAUGAAUUUUUACCAAAUAAAAGCUUAGACUUUAUCAUUUUUGAUGACUCAAAAAGAUCACUAUUGGAUUGGAAAAAGCAUUUGGAAAUUAUCUGUGGGAUUGCCCGAGGAAUGUUGUAUCUCCACCAUGAUUCUAGGUUAAGAGUCAUUCAUAGGGAUUUGAAAGCGAGCAAUGUAUUACUAGAUGAUGCAAUGAAUCUAAAAAUUUCUGAUAUCGGAAUGGCUAGAAUAUUUGGAGGAGACCAAAUGGAAGGGGAUACCAGACAUGUAGUUGGAACAUAG